AUGGCGACCGAUCCGAUCACCGACCUCUCCCGAACCCGGCGCGUCGUCCUCCUCGUCGACCUCGACCCGCUCCUCCGCAGCCGUGCCUCGCCGCCGCCUCCCUACCUCUCCUCCGUCCUCUCCUCCGCCCGGGCCCUCCUCUCGCUCCCCCUCUCCACUUCCUCCGCCCUCUCCUCCUUCAAGUUCUUCUUCUCCUCCCUCUCGAUCCUUUCCUCCUCCAGGAUCCCCAAUUCCCCCUCCACCUCUCCUUCGACGGCCCCGCCGCCACCCUCCGCUCUCUCGCCGACUCCCUCGCCUCCCUCUCCAGCGGCCUCGCGGGUCCGCCGCCGACCUCCGAUGCGCCGCCGCCGCCGCCGCCGCGAAGGGAGGGGAAUGUCGCGGCCUCGAUGCGCCAGCUCCUGCACGACUACGCCUGGGACCUCGUGGCCGACGAGGAAGGUUCGGGUACGGCUUCGCGUGGUGAUUUCGGUGUUAGGUCUAAUUUGGUCGUUAUGUUGUCGCCCGCGUGUAGAGAUAGGAAAUCGGGUUGUGAAUUCUUGGGAGUGGAGGUGGGAGAACGUGAACGAUGCAUUCGUUAGUAAAGAUAUUCAUUUCAGCUGGGUUGAUGUGAACUGCGAAUCGGAAUGUGAAGUGGAAGAGGUUGGGGACGAAGAUUCAGAAUGGUUUGUGGCUUUCAAGGAUGCGAUUAGGAGAAUAGGGUGGGGGUUUUGCUCGACUAAAUCGAUUGUGUUGGGUUCUGCUCUUGUGCCCUUUGAAUUGAUUUAUCCUAGAAUUGCCGUCUUGUCGAGAUACGUUGACAUUCAGAAUCGUGUUAAUAGGAAUCGUGCCACUUUGGGCCUUGAGAUUUUAGAUGUGAACGGAAAGCCAUUGGAAUGCAAAUGCUGCGAGCUAGAAUUGGUUAAGUUGAAAACGGUGCAUAGGUAUGAAGGUAAAGAAGUAUUGUUGAGUCCAGCAUCUAAAAGUUUGCGAUCUGGGCUUCAUGAAGGAAAGAGCAAAUAUAUGGAACAGUUCAUUGAUGGCAUCACGAUGAUAAAUGUCAAGACAGUACAAAAGCAGGAUAAGUUUGCUAAGCUCGACGGGCAAUUUUCUGAACCGAUUCUUGUUUGUGAACACUCGAGGAAACAUAGGAUGGAUCAGACUUCUGGUAGCAGCAGUGACUUUUUGGGAGAUAAGGUGCUUAAAAUACUAGCGAAAGAGUCAGGCGAGCAAGUGAAUAGAACCCCUCCUACAUGGGAAAUUUUCUUGAGUUUUAUGUGCAGGGAGGGUUUUUGGGCUUCAGUGUCGCUUAAGAAUGGGAGAGGAGAUUCACGCAUUGGGAUUCUUAAACCAUUCACCGUAUCUUCUGCUCUGUUGUUCCUUCCAAAGAUUGCUUCUUCCCCAAACAUGGAAGCAGUGAAUCCAUUGCCGUUUGCUGGGAAGCAUGAUAGCAACGUGCUUAGGUCCAGUCCAGAUAUGCUAGACACAAUUGGGUCUAAUGACUUUCAGUGUGAAUCUUUGUCCACAAAGAAGCAGAUCGAACUUGGUGAUAGUAAAAGGAAAAAGAACAGAGAGAACUUGCAUUUACUUCAGAACCUUACUUGGCCUGCCUUCUGUAAAAGUGCUUUUGAAGGUUUAGAAAUGAAAUUGGAGGACUUAUAUUUUUCCAGGGAAACUGGUAAGUCCAAGAAGUUAAAGUUUUUGAAAUGCUGGAUGAAACAGGCUCAAAGAGCUAUCCAACCUGGCCUUAAGUCAGAUGGAUCCGAGCCCCAAGUUCACAUGCCAAUAGAAAUGGAGAACAGACAAGCAGACACGCCAGAAGUGAAUGAACAGCCAAUCUCUGCAUGUGCCUCCUGCGGAGAGGAUUCUUUGACUGCAGUUUCUAGAGUACAGGAUGAAGUUGCAUGUGGAAAUGAUAUGGUAAGUCCAGAAGAUUUCCUCAGUAGCAUACCCAGCAAGACCCGUCAAGGAAUUGAAUCUGAAGGGGUAGACUUGGGGGCUUUGGCAGAACGGCUUGUGAAAUCCUGCACAUUAUAUAUAUACCAGAAUUUUGAAUCUGAACUGGCUGCAGUGAAUCAGUCCCCUUCAGCUAAUGCAGAUGACGCUAGUUGCAGCAGGGUUGCUGCUGAGUUGAUGAAACUUGUGCUUUUGGAUCCAAAGGACCUAAGUGAAAGGAACAAAACCAGGGAUCAAUCCUGUCCAAAGUCAGACUCGACUGCUUCAGCGUGUGUCAUUAGAGAAUACGAAUUGCAGAUAUUUUUCCGAAUGGAAAUAUUGCGCUUGCAAAUAGCAACUAUAUUUAAGGAGUCGGUGAAGCUAAAGUUUGUGAAGCAAAUAUGCCUGUUGGAGUGCAUCCAAUGCCAAAUGGAGGGUGUUUUUGGCGAUUGGAGCCUUCAUAAUUAUGUGGGAAAGAUCAUCAAGAGCAGAUAUUUUACUGAUCUAGAGGAGGUGGUCCAGCGCAUCUAUUCAAAAAUGGAUUUGCUGUUAUUCCAUGACGAGGAAGAUGAGUUGCCCAAUUUGCAACUCAAUAGUCAAGACAGCAGUAAAUGCACAGAUGAAGAUAAAAUGGACAAAAAUAUCCAGUCUGAUAGAUCGGUUUCAGCAGAAAAUGAAUUAGAUGAACAAUGGCAAGGCAACAAUGCCAGAGCAAAUCGCGAGGAGCAUCUCCGCAGAUUAAAUGAAGCUCAGGAAAGAAGAGAGAGGGCUCGGAGAUUCGCAUCAUUCACAAGCUGGGUACCCGAUCUCCAAAGAGUCUGGGCUCCAAAGCAGCCUGGGGGAAUGAAGAACCAGUCCGAUCCUAGGAGAAAGCUACUGAAGAAGAAAGAUCGAACCAGGACAACCUGUGACAUGGUUUUUGAGACUCCGAUGACUGACAACAAACGCUCCUGCCUGCGAGCCAACAGUGGCAAGAAUAAGCAAGAUCCUUCAUCAAAGCAUGGUUCUGUUUCGAAGGCUCUAUUUUCUGACUGACAACUAACACAAGCCAUUGCAAAAUCUCGUUGCCUGGCCUGACUAGUAACAGCUUCCUUAUUCUUCAUUCACAUCACAGUCAACAUAGAGCACAUUGCAGCUGUGACCCUGAAAAACUUGUACAUCACAACCGAUCUUCUUAGCUUCUGUACAAUGACUUGUUUCAAAAGCUGAUUCAACUAAUUAUAUUGCUGAGCUUUGAUACAAACGAUCUUGUAGUUCUACUGGAAUAUGACUGCUGAACUUGUACAUUGUGAUUGAUUUUCUUUGUUUAUG